ACACCUCUCGCUCCACUUCCUUUCACUUCUUUUCCAUCUCUUCAAUCUCUCUUCUUCCCCCUUCCAGUUCCUGGCUUGCUCUUCUCGGCAUCCACCACCCCGUAUCGUGUGGUUCAGGCAGUUUGGAGGUUGCAGUAAAGGCGGUAGGCGCUUUGCUUCUUACCCGUUGGAGAGAGAUCAGUAGGCGAAGAGAGAGAAAGAUCGAAGAGACAGGGAGGCUGCAAGUUCCUUUGCUUUUCUUGCGGCAACAUGAAGAAGCUGGUCUUCUUCUUCUUACUCCUGCUGCUGGCCGUCUCAGCGGUCCACGGUGAAGAUGGUGCAUUCAUCGGCGUGAACAUUGGCACGACCAUGUCAUCGGUGCCGUCUCCGACGCAGAUCACGACGCUGCUCCGCUCGCAGAACAUCCGCCACGUCCGCCUCUACGACGCCGACCCGGCGAUGCUCGCGGCGCUCGCCAACACCGGCAUCCGCGUCAUCGUCUCCGUCCCCAACGAGCAGCUGCUCGCCAUCGGCAACUCCAACGCCACGGCGGCCAACUGGGUCGCGCGCAACGUGGCUGCGCACUACCCGGGCGUGAACAUCACGGCCAUUGCCGUCGGCUCCGAGGUGCUCUCCACGGUGCCCAAUGCCGCGCCGCUGCUCAUGCCCGCCAUGCGGUACCUCCAGAACGCGCUGGUGGCCGCGGCGCUCGACCGGUACAUCAAGAUCUCGACGCCGCACUCGUCGUCCAUCAUCCUCGACUCGUUCCCGCCGUCCCAGGCCUUCUUCAACCGGUCGCUGGACAACGUGCUCGUGCCGAUGCUCAAGUUCUUGCAGUCCACGGGAUCGCCGCUCAUGCUCAACGUGUACCCGUACUACGACUACAUGCGCUCCAACGGCGUCAUCCCACUGGACUACUCGCUGUUCCGGCCGCUACCGCCGAACAAGGAGGCGGUGGACGCUAACACCCUGCUGCACUACACCAACGUCUUUGACGCCGUCGUGGACGCCGCCUACUUCGCCAUGGCGUACCUCAACGUCACCAACGUGCCGGUCAUGGUGACGGAGACCGGGUGGCCGCACAAGGGCGACCCCUCCUCCGAGCCCGACGCCACGUCCGACAACGCCAACACGUACAACAGCAACCUCAUCCGGCACGUGAUGAACAGCACCGGCACGCCGAAGCACCCCGGAGUGGCCGUGCCGACGUACAUCUACGAGCUGUACGACGAGGACGCGCGGCCCGGGUCGACGUCGGAGAAGUACUGGGGGCUGUUCGACAUGAACGGCAUCCCGGCGUACACCCUGCACCUGACGGGAUCCGGCGUGCUGCUCGCCAACGACACGACGAACCAGACCUACUGCGUGGCGCGGGAUGGCGCGGACUCGAAGAUGCUGCAGGCGGCGCUGGACUGGGCCUGCGGCCCGGGGAAGGUGGACUGCUCCCUGCUGAUGCAGGGGCAGCCGUGCUACGACCCGGACACCGUGGAGGCGCAUGCGACGUACGCCUUCAACGCGUACUACCACGGCAUGGGGAUGGGCUCCGGGACGUGUUACUUCAGCGGCGUUGCUAUGAUCACGACGACCGACCCAAGUCAUGGGUCGUGUGUUUAUGCUGGAAAGAACGGGACAUCGUUGCUGAACGGCACGUCGCUGGCGCCGUCGUCCAACUCCACGGCGGGGGAUUCCGGCGCGCACCGGGCGAUCGGCGACGUCUCGUCACUCGUCCGGAUCGUCGUCGCCGCGCUGCUCUUGAGCGUCCUUCUGUUGUAGGUAGUAGUUCGUAGUAGGCAGGCAGUCAUGCAGACUUGCAGAGGAGUUGGGUAUGGGUAUUCGUGAGGGAUUCUUUUUGCUGUCAAGUGGGAUUGGCCUCGGUGCUAGGUGGAGAUCAUUGUCAAUGCGAAUGGAACGGGAUGUGCUUCUGCUGCUCUAGGAUCAUCUUGCUGGGCUUCUCUCUGGUAUUGUUUCGGGACAGGAAUUGGUUUGCUGCCCAGGCAUUAGCCCGUUCUGCUGGUUGGUUGGAUGUGAUGAAUGAACUGGAGAUGUUGGGGGUUCAGUAGAUUGUAUUUUUCAACAAUUUGUUCAUAUGUUCUACCGGAACUCAAUCAGAUGUUACGCUGUGCUGCCCCCUACGCUCAAGGGUGCUUUUGAUCAGAAACUCCGCUUCCUUCAAUUUA